AUGACCUACUUUCCCGGCGCGGAGUACCGCUCGCAUACGUCUUGUAUGACAGAGGAACAAAAAUACCAGGGAGCUCUAUACAAACCCAAGAAGCAAAAGUCUGGCCAGCAAGCCUCAUCAGCGCCUCCAGCGGCGGAACCCAAGAAGAUGUCGCAACACGCAUAUGUUGAGGACAUUGCGGAGGAAUACGAGGCAUACCAAGACUACGAGAUCCAUGAAUCUGAUGACGACAACAAGUCGGCGGCAGACCUGCCACCAGAGGCGCCAACACCGCCCCCAGCUGUCGAUAACAGCGUAAAUGUGUUUGACUUUCUCGUCGCCGCUACUCCCAAUGCCUCUAACCUGAACCUCCCGAGUCACAAUGAGGAGACGCAGCUAGUUCGUUUUGAAAAGGAGGCCAAUAACUUUGUCGACCCGACUGGCUACAUGGUCGACGAUGAGGACAUGGUACCUGUUCCCACCCAGUACGAGACGCCUGCUCCCAAGAGCAAGAAGUCCAAGGAUGGUGAGAAGAAGGACAGGAAGCGCAAGCGCUUGCACAUUGAGACCAACAGUCCUUUGGCCAUUGACAACGGACCAAGUGAUGAGAUGAUGAUUGAUGCGCCGCCGCCAGAGCUUCACUCGGGCCUCACUGGUGGACUUAAGGGGCUCAUGCGCCCUUCACAAUUCCCCCCAUCGCCCGACUACUCUGGGGGUGAUGGCGGCGAACAUUCACCAGCAAGCCCGAUCAAGAAGUCCAAGCAACACAAGUCAAGCAAGACCAGCCGCACGGAAUCACUCGGGAGCAAUCUCAAGGCUUUGAUGUCGGGCACAUCAAAGGCGAGCAAGGUCUCGAAGAAGCGAAAGCACUCAUCAGAACGAAAGGAGAAGAAGACGAAGAAGAAGCAUUCCAAGACGGACUCGGAGAAGGCCCCGAAACUGAUCGAGUACCGUCCCCAGGGUGGCGACGGCAACAGUGGCAAUGACCAAAUGGUGGUAUUCAAGCCCAGGUCUGAGCUCUUCCUGAGCAUGUGUACAAAGGACGAGAAGAGCGCACGAGGCUACAGCGUGAACAAGGCCUUGAAGCGCUUCCAUCGUGAGCGGCUGUCGUCGGAAUCAAGCUUGGGCAAGGUGCUGGAGGAAAAGGAGCUCUGGCGGUCGUUGCGGAUGCGACGUAAUGACCGGGGAGAAAUUGUUCUAUUUUCCAUCUAA